UACUCCACGAGCAAAUAGUUUGUUUAGCAAAGCCUUUGCCGGCGCACGCGACGACCGAACCGAAUAAAACACUGCAAGCGAUCGAAAUUUAAAACGUUUGAAAAAAUAACUUUUUAUUUUUUGUGUGAUCUGUAUUUUGUGAAGUGAUUACAACAGGGAACAUGGGGCAAUCAACUUUAAUAAUAUUUGCAGUGCUGGUAGUACAAGCUUACUCGGCUCCGCAAUUCAUUACGUUUACUGAUGGAAAAUUGGGAGUGAACUUUGCUGGUUACCAUGCCGGCGUCGGGAUUGGAGGUCAAGGUGGCAGUGGUAAGGCUGGAGGUGGUCUUUUCGCGGAAGCCGGUACGCCAUUUGGACAAGGAGCCAGAGCAGGACUUGGGGGUGCAGUCGAUAGCGAGAGCAGCAUUGGUGGACUUUUUGCCGGUGCUACGGCUGGAGGAGGAGUAAAAUCAGAAGCCAGUCUGGGUGGUGCCGUUAGUUCAGGAAAAGCUGUAGGCGGGGGUCAUGCUUCAGCGCAAGCUGGACCUCAUUCUUCCACUGCAUUCCUGGAAGGGGAUUCGGGAAGUUCCGGAGGAGCAGACUUUUCGUUCGUCGCCCAUAAAUCCAUCGGUUCAGCCAUUAAACCAGUUGAAGUAGAGCAAAAAGUACACAAAAAAGUUCACAGUGAAGUAAAAAUUGAUGCUUUUAAUGAGAUAGCACCAGUUGCAAAUGCAGGUGUUGAUGCCCACGCCGAUGCAGGAUUUAAUGUUAACGCUAAUGCUAACGCCCACGCCCACGCCCAACCAGCAGUUAUCGUAAAAGAAGUUAAUGUCGCGCCUACUGAGGUCAUUAUUCGGAAACAUAAGCCCCAUCGCCACCACGUUCACAAAACUGUGUACCUUGGAGGCUAUGUGGGAGCAGGCGGCGAAGCGGGAGCACCAGUUGUCAAAACACAGCCUAUUGAGAAAAGAAUUGAUGUUGGUGUACAAUCUGGAGCAAAUGUCAACGUGGAACAUGAAGCGCCUAAAGUAACGUAUAACAAGGAAGUUGUUGUUACUCACAAUCGCCCAAGCACAUUUUUCCAGGAUAUUUUCAAUAUCCCCAUUUCUACUUUGAAAGCUGUAAGCGGUUUCCUCACGAACACCGCUGGAAAUACCAAUAUUUCCAUACAAAAGACAGGAGCAGUGAAAACAGAAUCAGAUUUGAUAUCAUCGAAAAAUGUUCAACCAUCAUCAUCUGCAUCCUCGGAGGCACAUAUAUCGGUAGAGACACCGAGUGCUUCCAAAAUUAUCGAUGACAUUUUCGCCAUACCAAUUAAUACACUGUCAGCAGUGAACAAAUUUUUAGAGAACAACGUAUCUGGGAGGAAAAGAGUUCAGGUAUCAGCUGAAAGCGAAGGAGAGCCAACAAGAGUUAGACUGGGGCCAUACGCAAGGAGACGAGCUAACAAACAUGUGGUUAUAGUCCAAGAGACUCCGACCACCAAGCCGGUCACAAACGAGGAACCCUAGAAUAAAUAUUACUAAUGUACCUAAAGUACAAAAAAUAACUUUUUAUAGAAAGUUGAGGUACAAAACUGUAUUGCAGUUAUUUAUGUAAAUAUUUUAUAAUUAUACAGAUUUUAAUAUUGA